AGUGCCCGACUUUUAUACCCGAUACGAAAGUAUGAAACAUUGAAACCCUGCUCUUCUAAUAUCUUCUCUCUCCUUACGUCCGUUCUCCGAGGCGAACAAAGAUAAACCAAAAUUUAGUGGGAAAGACGACUCGAGAAGCACAGAUCAAGUAACAGAGAAUGGCGGCCGCAGAUGUUGAAGCUGUAGACUUCGAGCCCGAAGAGGAUGAUCUCAUGGACGAAGAUGGGGCCGUCGAUGUCGAAACGUCACCUAGAGCUCCUCUCCCCAAGCUCAAAUCUGCCAUCACCGGUGGGUCGUCCUCCUUCUCUGCUCCAAAGAAGACCAAAGGUAGAGGUUUCCGAGAAGAAACAGAUGCUGAACGUAACAGUCGUUUUGCCGCGAACAAUUUCGACUCCUUGGACUCGGAUGGCGGCCCUGGUCCCCAACGAUCCAUUGAGGGGUGGAUCAUUUUGGUUACUGGAGUACAUGAAGAGGCACAAGAGGAUGAUCUCCAAAAUACCUUUGGUGAAUUUGGGGAGGUUAAGAACUUGCAUCUAAAUCUUGAUCGUCGCACAGGAUUUGUCAAGGGCUAUGCACUAAUUGAAUAUGAGAAUUUUGAGGAGGCUCAGGCUGCCAUAUCUGCAAUAAAUGGAACUGAGCUUCUUACCCAGACCAUCUAUGUUGAUUGGGCCUUCAGCAAUGGACCUUUCAAAAGGAGGAACAUGAGGAGGAGGUCACCCCGUGGGCACCGAUCAAGGAGUCCUAGGAGGAGGUAUUGAGACUGACUCAAAGUCAUAUGGGCAUUUGGUUUUUGGUGUGGGACUGGAAUCUGGAUUCGUGCUGAAUGAAUUGGGUUGAUACUACCGAUCAAAAAAAAAAAAAUUGGGUUGAUACUUGUGAGCACUUGAUUUGUGGUAUUUACUUUUUUUUAAUGCAUGCCUGGCUUGCAGUUUUCUGUCUAAUGCCCUGUCUUUGCUUUUGCUUUUCUUUUUUUAUCCCUUUCUCGAAAAGAUAAGUGUUUUUAGCCCUGAUGCUAUUCCCUCGGAAUAUAUUCAAAGUUUACACUUGAGCUAAAUACUAUGAAAUGUUACAGAUCCUUGUUGCCUGGAUUCA